AUAGCUUUGAUGAUUUCAUUCUAUUAAAAUAUUGCAAAAAUAAUAUAUAAACAAGUGAUCAGUGGACCAGAAAUGAGCAUUAACUGAUUGGCACUUGGACAGAAACACUCACUGAAUUAAGACUAUUAGGACAGUGCAGUUGCACCAUGGAUCGCCAGAUGAGUGCCCCAGCUGGCACUGGCAGGUACCAGAAAAAUCAACAGAAGACAUCGAAAAUGGGCAAGGUUGGAAGAUCUGUUAAGAACAGUGUUGCUGACUUCUUUGGCCUUGGGGAUGAAGACUCUGCCCAGGCUUCAAAAUGGCAGAACAGGCACAUGCGGUACUACCGGGGUAAAGUGAAGGACUCUGCUCUUACAAAUACUACAGAUUUUGAUGAGAUAGAUUCCUCCUCGAUCCCUCACAUCAUUGACCCUCUGGCCCGCAGUGGACGCUACAGUUCAAGACGGACUACUCCAUUAUCUAGCACCAGCACUUACACAGCUAGUACAAGAGGGUUCCCUAAGCAGAGGACUCGUAAAGACUCUGUGCUCAAGAUGACAUGGAAAGGAAUGCAGACUAUUACUGGCACAAGAAAGAAGCUGAGAACUCACAACAGAGCUAGCAUGAGGAGCUACGCCCCAGCAAGCCUUGCAGGAGAUAUCGCUGAUGGUCGCAGUGAGCUUGGGGACAGCUACCCUCCCAUGCAUGAUGACCUGGUUGAUGAUGUGUUCUAUGACGAACCAACAGCUGGCUAUGUGGAGAAACCCCUGGAGAAAAUCAGGGAAGAGACGAGCGCUGACCUCAGUGAAAGCGCUAACAUGAUGCCAGCCCCAGGGUGGCGGCGUGGAGCCCAACCCCAGCCUGCCCCAGGGACACCAGGCACAGGGCUGGACAUGCCUGACUUUGGUAUGCGUAGGAUAGGGCGGGACGUGCUCAACUCAGUCAGGGAGAGGGACAGGAGAAACGUUGGGAUGGGCUUCGUGGGGCGACUGUUUGAGAGAAACUACCGGCCUGAUAGAAUGAACUCUGAAGUGAAAAAACAGAUUGAUGAGCUGGAUGAUCAUAGGCCUUUCUUCACCUACUGGGUGACAUUUGUCCAGAUUGUGGUCUUCAUUGUGUCUGUCGCUGUCUAUGGUAUUGCCCCCAUUGGAUCCUCCGAAACCGUCUACACUCAAUCCAUCCAGAAACCUAACUUGGCCAUUGAAUCAACCCGCUUUGUGGAAAACGACAACUUAUGGAUUGGACCUAGACAGGCUGACCUGAUACACCUGGGGGCUAAGUACUCCCCCUGUAUGAGGAUGGACCAGGGUAUACAAAAGGGACUUGACAAGGACUUGGAGCAGGAGCGAAACUCGGCAUGCUGUAUUAGGGAUGACGGAUCGGGAUGCUACCAGUCUGUGGAAUCUACAUGUUCGAAAACAUUGAACACUUGGGACAAGUGGAGUGAAAGUAAUCCGGGCCAUGGCAGGUGGACGUCGGGAUCUGUGUGUGGACAGGACCCACAGUAUUGUAAGAAACCCUCCUCUUCUCCUCCGUUUGAGUGGGAAAAUGAUAUUACUCAGUGGCCGCUGUGUACAGACACUAGCAAACCCAACACCACGGGUAAGGACGACCGGCACAUGACGUGUACCAUCUCCGGGCGACCGUGUUGCCAUGGCAUCCAGGGCGAGUGUAUGAUCACCACUCGUGAACACUGCGACUAUGUCAAGGGAUACUUCCAUGAGGAUGCUUACCUGUGCUCACAGGUGCCGUGUAUGAAGCAGAUCUGCGGGAUGAUUCCUUUUGCCCAGGACAAAUAUCCUGACCAGUUCUACCGUCUGUGGACGUCUCUUUUCCUGCACGGAGGGUUGUUUCACCUGGUUAUCACCCUGGGCUUCCAGAUCCUGAUAAUGCGUGAUAUGGAGAAACUAACAGGCUCUAUCCGGAUGACCAUCAUUUAUGUGGGCUCAGGCAUAGCUGGGAACCUGGCCAGCUGCAUCUUUGUUCCCUACCAUGUUGAGGUUGGACCAGCGGGUUCCCAGUUCGGUAUCCUGGCUUGUCUUCUCGUGGAGGUCCUCCAGUCAUGGCAAAUGUUGCAACGCCCUGCUAUCAGUCUGCUCAAGGUCGCCGUGCCCAUCGUUGUCUUGUUCCUUCUUGGGCUCCUCCCAUGGAUCGACAACUGGGCUCACGUCUGUGGAUUCCUGUUCGGAUUCCUGCUGGCGUUCUCCCUACUUCCUUACGUCUCGUUCGGGCAGUUCGAUCGGCGGAGAAAGUUGAUAGGAAUUAUUUUGUCACUCGGUGGAGCAAUUCUGCUCUUCGUUUUGCUGGUGAUCUUAUUCUAUGUUCUACCACUGUAUGACUGUCCAGGGUGCCAGUACUUUAACUGUGUGCCCUUUACACCAAACUUCUGUAAAAACAUGGAGGUGAAUAUUGACAGAAACGCCACAUACAGCUCAGCGCUUAGUGAAUAAUGUUCACAUUCACCCAGUGCUGUUUGGACUGUGUUUGGACAGAAAUCCUGUUAUUUAGUAAUUUUUACCUAAUAUAUGAUAAUUUUUUUUUUAAAUAUCUGCCUCGCUUUUAAAUUGUCAUACAGUUCUGUUUGACACACCGGAUUUGAAUGGAAAUGGUUACCCAUUAUUCCCUGGAAUGGCUUUCAAAUAACAAAAUGUCAACUAUUUUUUAACUUUAUUUAUUAUGACAUUUUCGAAAGGUUUGACAUGAAUGAUAAUUUACUUGAAAAUAACAUACAUUAAUCAUUGAUCAAUGAACAAAAUUUCAUAUUUAAAUUAUACAUGUUGAAAUAAAUAUGCUUUGAUAUGCUAAAUGAACUCAAGUGCCAAAACUACAGCAAUUUGUUUAAUGAGAGAUUGUUGAAAUGGAACCUCAAUUAAAAAGUCAUUGCUCAUUUAAUGUAUUAAUACUUAUGCAUAUUUCACUCAGAAUUUAUUUGGCAAAUUUAUCUCACAUUUUCAUAGCUUAUCCGGUAACUUUUUAUUGGCUGAGGGUUCAGGGUAAAAGUAAAUUAACUUCUAACAUUAUUUUAGGGUUUACUCCAGUUUUAAUCUAAUCCAAGGCCCCAAUUUCCCUAAACUUCUUAAGCUUAACAGGCUUAAGUAGCUUUUUUCAAUAAGACGAAAUACAUACUUAAAUCGAAUUUGGAUAAAUGAAAAAUAGUUAAUUGUGAUUAUAAUAAAGAUAAUUCCUAUCAGAAAGUCAAAAAUCUUAGAGAAGUUAAUGUUAUGCAAAUUAUUGAAAAACAAAAAUAGUGAGCUUAGCUUAAUCCUGUUAAAAGGGACUUAAGAACUUUCGAGAAAUUGGGCCCAGAAGAAUGGUUAUAUUUUGUCAACCAUCAGUCAGUUAUGUUCAUAUUUAGCUUUAAACAGUAUUGUUCUUAAGAAAUUGAAGUGAACAGAAAAUCAAAUCAAAAAGGUACAUGGCCUUGUGCCAUUAGCGUAACUUUCCCUGUUUGUGAUUAGUUUGAAAUUGCAUUUAACCAGUAGAUUAGGUCUAGUCUGGCUUAAUUAUAAUCUAGUUUGCCUUUGUGUGGUUAUAUUAUUGAUUGUUCAGAAGUUUCUGUUUGAAGUUUAAUUUCCUGGUUUCUUGAGUGAAAGGCUGUGAAGAAUGCAAUAGUUACUUGAAGAAAUACUCAAAGCAUCUUUCAAUCUAUAUCAUUCAUCUCUUGUUUUAAAUUAGAUUAUGUAUUAUAUAUUUACAAGUUAACUGAUUUUUAGAAAUGAAGCGCUUUUAUAGAAUUAUUUAUACAAAGAUUGUUACAGGAUUUACUAUAUUAAAGCUGCACUCUCACAGAUGGACUGAUUUGACAACUUUUUUAUUUUUUGUCUUGGAAUGAUCCAAGUUUUGCGCAAGAGUCUGAGAGCCAUUGAUAAUAAGUCUAUACAUGACAAAAGAUCAGAUUGCAGUUUUUCAUAUUUACGUUAAAAAAUUUAUGUUUUAUGCUAAAAACUAAUUUUUGUGAAAGCAUUCGUAGAGCUUUUAGCCAUAAAACUUAAUUUUUUUCGAACAUUAAUUAGAAAACUGCAAUAUGAUCUUUUGGCUCAUUUCAAGACAAAAAAUUAAAAAAUAUUGCCAAAAUGGUCAAUAUGUGAGAGUGAAGCUUUAAGAGUCAUCUUAAAUAGAAAUAAUAUCUUACUUUUAUUUACUUAUGUAUACAUUCACAUAUCACUUUUGUCAUAUUAUUUUUGUUAUAUAUGUCAUGGCAUGCCUUUGUUUGUUUUUUCAUUUUUGCUGCUCAUUUUUUUUAUUAAAAUGUGUUUGAAAUUUACUGUUAAUGUAUUUUUACAAUGUACAAUUAUGCAGUGUUUUUUUGCAAUUAGAGAUUUACAAGAAAAAAAAAGAAGCAAUAUUUUGUGGCUUAUACAUGUGCAAGUUUCCAAUUGCACUGCCAAAAAUAUACAAGGUAGAUAGUUCAUGAUUUUUUUGAACUGAAGUUGUAUAUCAUUUUCACGCCGAAAACCAUGGCCAUUUGUUCAAGGCUUAUUCAGGCCCCACUCCUGUGCAAAAAGAAGAUUUUCUAAAAGAAUUUGAUAUGAGUUUGGAAAAAAACUGUCUGAACAUAAUUACUGGCAAUAAAAAAAAAUCUGGUGCAAAACAUAAAAGUACCUGGGAAACUGGACACAUUUUUUCAUACACCUAACCAUAUUCAUAUAUUGUUUCAUGAAUGCUAUGAUCAGCAGGGGAUAUGUGACAGUAAUUGCUGUAAAGAAAUUAACACGAACAAAUUGUAUCCGUUAAUUAACUUUGUACAUAAUGUUUGAAUCUUGAUCAUGAAAUAUUUGUCAUGUCUAGCUAGUCUUUUCUUCGAAACAAUCAUUUAUACAUUUGUCAUACAGUAUCAAUGAUCUGACUUUAAUCCCCACCCCCUCCAACCUUACAGAUGCUAAUGAAUUGUGUUUAACUAUGCAACUAGUAUUUCUGGCUCAUAUUCCUGUCUUUGAUGUAAGUUAAUACAUCAUAAAUGUCAUAAAAUCAAACAUUUGGCAGAUUGUUCAGAGCUUGAUUUACAAUAAGUUAACAAUUUGUUAACAUAAUCAUUGUUAACUUUUAAAGCUUUACUGCCCUGGAAAUGAAUGGAUACAAGUUUGUGAUCUGCAGUAUAUCUAACAGGAUUUGAGACAACUGUUUAAACUUAUAUAAACCUGUUUCAUUUAAACAUAUGAGCACAUCAUUAAUUAAUUCAUGUUUGAAAGUUAACAACGAUGUCGUUAACUGCAUUGUUUACUUUAACAAACAUUUUAACAAUCGGCACAUAGUCUUAUAAGUCAUAAUAAAGAUAUGUCAUGGAUAUUGAUAUAUUCUUAAUGGCAUAAUGAAUAAAUUUCUUGGAUACUGGUUAUCAUCGGUGAAAGUCUAUUUAUAUGUAUUUACUGUUAUUUACACCAAACUUUUUCAGAGUAGAAUGUACUGUCAUAGGCUUUGUUCUGUUGAUAUUUCUUGCCUAAUUUCAUGUAUUAUUUUAUACAUUUUACGUGUAUACGAUUUUAUUUCUAAAGGCCUUAAUACCUUCAAAUGUACAUAAUGGCUUUUAUAUUAAUAUACAGACUGAAGGCUAAAUGCAGGACGGUUGUAACUCCGUAUAUAUCAUAAAUGGAGAUACUUUUGUUUUGCGUGUAGCCUUCGAUUAACUAUAUCAGGUUUUACAGGUAUUCUGAAUGUGAGAGAAACUGCCAAACUGUACUAGCUCACUGGAUUUUUAUUGCGAGUUAGUAUAGUUUGGCAGACAAAUUAUGCCUGGACAAGAAUAGAAUAAAUGAUUUAAAUUUUUGUGUUUUCAUUGGCAACCAAGCCUCGAUUUCUCGAAAUUUCUUACACAUAAUGGGUUAAAGCAGCUCUUUUCAUUUAGCAAAUUACUUGCUUAAACUUGAGUUAAUUUUAUAGGAAUUAUUUUUUUAUUGAAAUCUUUAAACUAUAUUCCUUUAGAAUGAUAAAAUUACACAAUUAUACAAAAAAAAUAAUGUCAGCUUUAUCCUCGAACGAUUAAGCUUGUUAGAAAAAUUUGGGGACUAAUGUUUUUUUCCAUUAAAGAUGCACUUUCACCGAUAUACUAUUUUUACAAUAUUUUAUUUUUUGUCUUGGAAAGAGCAAUUUUUUUACGUAAAUAACUGCAAACCAAUGAUAUAAGAUUGCUGACAAAAAAUCAGAUCGCAGAUUUGCAUAUUUCUGUUCGAACAUCAAUGUUUUAUGGCUUAAACCAUUACUAACGGUUUAAGAAAAAUGCAUAAAACAAUUUUUUGAACUUAAAUAUAAAAAUCUAAUUUUUGUCAGCAGUCUUGUAUAACUAGUUUCCAUGGAUUUUCGCAAAAAUUGCCUGGUUCCAAGACAAAAAAUCAAAAAGUUGUCAAAACGUUCAAUCUGUGAGAGUGCAGCUUUAAUUGAAAACUUCAAGAGAACUCAGAAAAACUGCCUUAUUUACAUGUAUUGUCCUUAUGAAAUAUUUUUCUACUCAUAUCAUUUAUUUCCUAGCUAAGCGUGUGAGUUUUUUAUGCAUUUGUUUUAUUUCUAACCUGUGAUAUUUACAUUUUUAUGUGGAGCUUGUUUAUGUUGCGUUUGUGUUAUGGCCUUUGAUAAUAUUACACUUUUGAAUAACUUGAAUGCAAUCUGGGCUGAAGUAUUUACAAAAAUUGAAUUAUGUUUCAUUCAGCCCUGCUAUAAAUUAUAGAAAAUGUUCAUUUGUAUUUACCAAUUAUUAGAAUGUAUUUACCAAAAAACUCUUAAUUUUGGUAGAUUAAACUAAUAACCCUUUAACCAGCUUAGUGUUUAAAACUUUAUUUUGUCUACUCACCCAGCCUGUGUUAAAAUUCACCGAUGCAACUGAUUAAAAUUAAAAUUGGCAGACUGCAAAUUUACCCAAAUGAAUUUCAAUAAUACUGCCUUUCUAUUAGACUAAAUAUAAUUUCAAACACUAAGCCAAGUAGUAAGUGUGAUUUUGACAUGAUUUUAUCUCAACCAGAACCAUUGUUUUGGCAAUGGUUUUGUAAAAUAAAUUAUGGAACAUACAUCAUAGAUAAAGAUAUUGAAUCUGAUAAUUAUGUUCAUUAUUUAAACUAAAAUUACUCAUGAAAUUGCCUAUUUUGUCAUAUUUUAAGGUGAAAAAAGAUUGUAAUGUUACCUUAAGUAUAAUUUAUAAAUAUUCUUUCUCUACACAUUAAAUGAUACAUAACUAUAUGGGGUCCCCAAGCAUCCAGCAUUCACAUAAUUUUCAUAGGGUACAUCAAAGUGUUAUACAAGGUAACCAGCAUAUUUUUUGUUAAUCAUGAUCAUUUCGUUCUCAGAAAAUUCUCCUCUAAGGCCUAAAAAAAAAUUGUUUGGUUAGGGUUACAUCCUUAAAAAAAAUAGGUAGGGUAGGUAGGCUUUUUUUAAAAAAAUUUUUAUUUUUUUAUUAGGUUUUAUAUAAGAAUAUAAUUUUCAUCAUUGGAGAAUGGUGUUAAAGCUAUCUUCUGUACAAGCAUUUAAGGUUUAAACUUAAUAUUAAAAAGCAAUUAAAAAAAAAACGAAAUAUUUUUUUUUUUUUUUUUUUUUUUUUUUAGUUUUUCAUUUUUUUUUCAAACUGACUAUAAAAACGGUAGGGUCGGCGCCUAUUCCUUAGGUAGGGUCGGGUAACCCGAACCAAACGUAUUUUUUUUUAGGCCUAAGCAACAGUAGUUGACUCAUUUAAUUGAUCUUGUAUUACAAGUAUAAUUAUAUAUUUUUCAUCUACAUGCAUAUUCAAUUUUAUUCACAUUUUUCAAUUUAUGUUAUGUAUUAGUUAUUUGGUAGACAUGUUUUUCAUAUACUUUUAAUAAAAUAGACUUUUCCUAUACCUUUAUUUGUAAAUAAUGGUAUUGUUUGUGUUGUAGCCUCUUAAAUGACAAAUUGUUGCUGGACCGCGUUUGGAACUAUGUAAGCUUUUUUGUCCUCGAAAGAAAAAAAACCUAGGGUUCGUCUGCAAAAUUCUAAACUUGGGACAUGACGCCAAAAUCAGUCAAUUUAAACAUAUUGAUAAUAAAUUAACUAAAAACUC